GUCAGAGCAGAGAUGUCGCUGAGACCCGAACUCCCAGGUCCAGUUAGGGCCCGUCAUGCGAAGCGGCCGCGUCUAAGACUUAGGGGCAGACCCGUUCUGGUGGUGUCGUCGUGUGACCUCGGCCAGGAUACCCGCUCCCAAGGUCUUGUCCUGUUGAUGAACGCCGUCUGGUCCUUGUGAGCACCAUCACGGCAGGAAGCUCAGAGCUGCGCUCGCCCUUUCGAAAGCGUUGAAAGGGGUUGGAGUGGACGCAUCUUAGCUGACCCUAUCCCGAUUUGAGGUCUAUUGGCUCUGCGCUCCUGCGUGGUGCCCCGGGAAAUCAGUGAUUUCAAGUCAAGACUUACUCUAUUUCAGCUACUGGAGAACAGAAACACCAGAAGCCCUUGCGUUGGUCAAGACCCCCAGGCUUGGGAAGGACCCACUGAGCUGCUGACGUCCCUCCCUGCUCCUUCCUCAGCACCCAGGAUGGGCACCCCUGCAUCUGUGGUCAGCGAGCCACCCCCCUGGCGGGCCCCCCCGGAGGUCCGGGGCCGCAAGCAGGCCGCAGCCAACAUCUUCCAGGAUGCCGAGCUGCUGCAGAUCCAGGGCCUGUUUCAGCGCAGCGGGGACCAGCUGGCCGAGGAACGGGCACAGAUCGUCUGGGAGUGUGCAGGGGACCAUCGUGUGGCCGAGGCCUUGAAGAGGCUGCGCAGGAAGAGGCCCCCUCGGCAGAAGCCCCUAGGCCCCUCGGUACACCACUGCAGCAGGCUCAGAACUGCAGAGCCCUGCGCUCCGCCGGCCGAACCACAGAGCAGUGCCACGGAGACGGCUUCCAGUGAGCAGCAUGUGAACUCCAGGAGGGCCAGUGCCCGGAUCCGCCGGAACUGGAGGAAGCCAGGACCCACAAGCUACCUCCAUCAGAUCAGACACUGAGCCGGGGAAGGGGCCGGGACCGGCUGUAUCCUCCCCAGGAUUCACAGAGACUUUUGCCAAAGGGCUGGGGAAGGCAAAGAAGAGACAGCCUCACAACAGCCUCACUGCUGCCACUGGCCUGCGCAGGCCAGAACAGGCCCGGAGGCUUCCACUGAGCUGUCACAGGGGACCCGUUCCUCACCAGACUGAGGAAAAGCAGUGCCCGUUUCUGCCUCAGUGCUUCUCAGUUGAACACUGCCUGGGCUGCAGGGUAGUCUUCCUGGGAGUCAAGCGACAGGCACUGUGACGCAGCACCCCACUACUCCUGCUACAGCUGGGGCCCACAGUCCGGCAGCUCGUCCCACACCCCUGCCCCUCAGGCCGGCACAGGGAAACGUAGUGCAAGUGGCAAAAUAAACCAUGUGCAUCGAGA